AGCAAAACAGAAAAAUAGAAAAGAAAUGAUUAGAGGAGAGGAUACUUUGUCUAUAAAUAAGGAGUUCAGAGCUGCCUGUAAGAGUCGCCAAGAGUUCUUUAGUAGCUAGAGAACUCGUUGAAAGGUCAGAUCUUUCGCCUUUGAAUCAAACACCCAGUUCUGCUCUUUCGUGAGUUUUCAUUUCCAGUUGCAAGAAUGGAGACCUUCCUAUUUACUUCUGAAUCUGUGAAUGAGGGUCAUCCCGACAAGCUCUGUGAUCAAGUUUCAGAUGCCAUCUUGGAUGCCUGUCUUGAGCAAGAUCCCGACAGCAAGGUUGCCUGUGAGACUUGCACCAAGACUAACAUGGUCAUGGUCUUUGGUGAGAUCACAACCAAAGCCAAUGUAGACUACGAGAAGAUUGUCCGUGACACAUGCCGUGCAAUUGGAUUUGUUUCUGAUGAUGUGGGUCUUGAUGCUGACAAGUGCAAAGUCUUAGUUAAUAUUGAGCAGCAGAGCCCUGACAUUGCCCAGGGUGUCCACGGCCAUCUUACUAAGCGCCCUGAGGAGAUUGGUGCUGGUGACCAAGGUCACAUGUUUGGCUAUGCCACUGAUGAAACUCCUGAGUUUAUGCCCCUCAGCCAUGUCCUUGCCACCAAGCUUGGUGCUCGCCUCACUGAAGUCCGCAAGAACGGAACCUGCCCUUGGUUGAGACCUGAUGGCAAAACCCAAGUCACUGUUGAGUACUACAAUGACAAUGGUGCUAUGGUUCCAGUUCGUGUACACACUGUUCUCAUCUCUACACAACAUGAUGAAACUGUAACUAAUGAUGAGAUUGCUGCUGACCUCAAAGAGCAUGUUAUUAAGCCUGUAAUCCCCGAGAAGUACCUUGAUGAGAAGACCAUCUUCCAUCUUAACCCAUCAGGCAGGUUCGUUAUUGGUGGCCCACAUGGUGAUGCAGGUCUCACUGGCCGCAAAAUCAUUAUUGAUACUUAUGGUGGUUGGGGAGCUCAUGGUGGCGGUGCCUUCUCUGGGAAGGAUCCAACCAAGGUUGACAGGAGUGGAGCCUACAUUGUUAGGCAGGCAGCCAAGAGCAUUGUUGCCAACGGGCUUGCUCGCCGGUGCAUCGUUCAGGUCUCUUAUGCUAUUGGUGUGCCAGAGCCAUUGUCAGUGUUUGUUGACACUUAUGGCACUGGAAAGAUCCCAGAUAAGGAGAUUCUCAAGAUUGUGAAGGAAAGCUUUGAUUUUAGGCCUGGUAUGAUUUCCAUUAACCUGGAUCUCAAGAGGGGUGGCAAUGGUAGGUUCUUGAAGACAGCUGCCUAUGGUCACUUUGGAAGAGAUGACUCCGACUUCACAUGGGAGGUGGUGAAGCCCCUCAAAUGGGAGAAGCCUCAAGAGUAGAAUUGCAUGAUCACCAGUAAUCAAUAAUCUGCUUGUCCUUUGCAGCUUCUCUGCAACUCAAAAGACUUCCUAUUGUUUGCUUGGUUCUUUUUACCUUCAUUUUCCUUCCUUUUUGGUUUUUGUAUUUUUUUUUACCCAUAUAAGAAAAUAUGUGGUCUUGAGUCUUAAGAAAGCUAGUAGAGAGGAUCUAUGUCUUUUGGAGAUUACUCGAAAGGAGAACAGGAAAGAAAAGAGUCUGCUGCAGAGAUACUAUCUCAUUUGUUUGACAAUGAAAUUAUGAUUCAUUCUUUACUA